CGUCGUCGUCGUGGUGGUCGUCGUCGUCGCCGUCGUCGUCGUCGUCGUCGUCGGCGUCGCCGCCGCCGCCCUCCGAGCGUCACGAGAAACGAAAGAACGGAGUCGGUCAAUACUCCGGGUAACGCGACGGUGAGAGCACGACGGUGGUCGCUUAUAAGCGCGCCGUGCCGUCACUCGAGAGAGAGCCAGUGUGCCACCUCGAGAUUCCUCUCGUUCCUUCGUUCGUUCAUUCGUUCGUUCGUUCAUAGACAUAUUCAAAGAAAAAAUAAAAUAACUAAAAAAGAUAUAUAUAUAAAAAAGUAGGACGUGUUUGAUACUGGUAGCCAACUAGAAGGACGAAGAAUAAGAGGAAUAAGAAUAAGAAGAAGAACCAGGAGGAUAAUAAAAAGAAGACGAAGAAGAAGAAAAAAGGAAGAUAUAUCCUAUAUACUCCCCUUUACCCGGUUUACAGAUAACAUUGGUUGGGGUGGGGGGAGUCUUUAAAGAAACGAUGUGAGAAAUAGAAAGAGAAAGACGUAUAUACACACACACACACAUAUAUAUAUAUAUAACAUCCUCUUUGGAUAUUUCAAACUGUCAAACUCAGACUGUCUUGUUCGUGAAUUAAAAAAUACAAAAUACAAAGUGCAUCAAUUAUUAUUAUUAUUAUUAUUAGUCAACGACGUUAAAGUCAUUGGAUUCGACGCACGCCACGAUUUACCAUGCGUCCGCGUGCCUGAUGUGGAAUCAUCCUCUUCUCCCUUCAGCACCACCGGCUUAGCCACCGGCAUUGCCACCACCAUAAUCUCCACCUUUUCGUCAAUCCUCAGCCACCGUCGUCGUCGUCGCUGCUACCACCACCUUGGAGCAGCUUCCAAUUACGUUUACGUGCCGGCACACUCAUGGAUACUUGGAUAUUGUUCCUCUUUGUCAUCGUUGCCGAUGUAGCGGCAUCGGUAGAGGUCCAUUUCGAGAACAAAGAUGGUGGAUUCUUUCUGAAACACACACCAAGAUCAUUUUACCCAACUAGGACGGAUACGAUACCAGCGAUAGCUGCAUCGUCAACGGGUACAAGCGUUGGAAGCGUAUCAGGAUCAUCUAACAACGGGGGUACUGUGCCAUCAUCACCACCAGGUUCAGUCUUAUCAAUAGACAAGUUCACGGUGUUUCAAACAAGCGAACCAGUUUCAGUACGAGCUAGUUACGGUCCCUUUAGCACGAAACAGACCGUACCAGCCCGUUAUAUCGUACCCGAUCCAUUGGAUGCAUUACCAGGACCGGAGACAAGACGCAAUUUGACAGCGGCUACGAUAAUGGAUGCUCAGGAAUUGGGUGCUAGACAUCUAGACAUGUCCGCACAUUUGGUUCGUAAUAGUGUGCCUAGGGAUGCACCGGUCCUUAGGGUUUUGUUCCAUGCUGGAAGUGAAGCCGGUGGUAGAAGACAAUUACUUUUGGCACGUCAUCAAAGAGUAUGCGUUGUCCUCCACGCUAGUUUGGCUGCACCAUUAAGGAACGUUAAUAACAGUGGAAGAAGAGAAUAUUCAAGCUCAUCAGGUUCUUCUUCUUCUUCAUCGUCAUCGUCCUCAUCUUCAUCGUCAUCGUCCUCAUCAUCGUCUUCAUCGUCUUCGUCUUCUUCUUCUUCUUCUUCUACUACGUCAUCCAGCUCAAGUAAUUCCGUUUUAACAGCAGCCUGCAGUCCCGACGGUGAAAACGGAGUUUGUUUGGCCCAAAUAACAAUACCUGCAAACUGGUGGGCACAAUUACCGCCUCCGGAUCCUUCCGGGCGUGUCAAGGUCGCCAAGACUUUACCAAGAUACGUACAGGUAGCUUAUUCCGUGCUGGAACCUCGUACCGAAGAAAUUGCCUCAGGUAAUUCGGACGGUGGUACGGCAGCUUUCUGUCGGCCUCGUGUACAAAUUCAACCGGUGACGCCAUUAGGCCAAGUACAACUUGUAUCCAAUCGUGAGGCCUACAAAGAAUUAAAGACAGAUGAUUCUCUCACUUUACUCGUACCUCAUGGCCCGUUAUAUCCAAGAUCAAGGCUACACGUUCCGGUCUUCCUAAAUCCGAUCAAAUUGUCCGAAAAUCUCAGAGAGGAAUUGGUCAACACCGUCGUUCUCAGAGCACGAGUUAAGUCAGGUGUAAAAAUCUUGGACGCAUCUUCUAGCAGCCCAGAUUGGGAAGUCAAAGCGGAAAUAAAUGCAAAAAAUACGGCGGCCUCUUUCACGGCUAAACGAAAGGAAGACGUUCCUAGAAUGCCAAACACACCGGCCGAAGAAAUAUUGACGAUGUUAUUGGAAGCAAAUGAAGAAGGAAUUGGUGGCAGUUGGGAUAAUGGAAGGAUUGUCUGGAGCGUACGUUAUUUUGUCGAAAAAGACGAUGAAGAUGACGAGGAUAAAGAAAAGGAUAAAGAAAAUGGUUCCCAAUUAUCCAUUGAUAAUGAUCAUCAUCAACUUCAACGUUUACAGCAACAACGACAAAUGCAACAGCAUCAUCAUCAUUAUCACGAUAAUGAUAAGGUUGCUGCAUACCGUCAUAUUGAAAAACGUAAACUUCAGGCACGUUUGGAAAUUCAAAAGGACGACAUUCAAGCUGUUUUACCCAUUUCCAAGAACUGGGAAAUUAUGAAUACGGCUGUGCUGACGGGACGACAAGUGUCACAAGGAAUGAAGGUUUUCAUCGUCAGUCAAGCUGGUACCGUGGCCGACGUCACUUUGCAAUCUUCCUGUCAUUCCGAGGACGAAAGUGUACUUAAGGUUUCAUCUUCAUGUAGCAGCGUCUACGUUGACGGCUCAGAAAUACGUGGCUCUAGCAACGCCUCAGUUUUGGUUAAAUACGGCACAUAUACCGGCCUAGCUAGGUUCACCGUUUGGAUGCCAGAAUUUCCAUUGGAAGUUACGGUCAGUGAUACGAGAUUGAGUCAAAUCAAGGGUUGGAAGAUACCCGAAGAACAUUCGAUGGGUGCGAAAAGUAAACGUAGCUUGAACGGUACGAGUAUAUCGAAAAACGAAUCUAAGAACCCAUCGAAAGUUAGGACGAAAAAAAGGAGUGCUAUAGCAACGGAGUUAGAGGAUUCGAUGGAGGACACUUCGAUGGACGUGGAGGAUCCUGAUAUCGUGUUGGAAGAGGACGAACAGGAAGAACGUUUCCGUGGAAACGAUCAUGGAUGGGAUACUAUCAAUUCGAUCGACAGAAACCCAACGACGAAUUGUCGAUUGCGUUUUCAACAAAGCCCUGUUGAAGUUCAUUCAAGAUUUCUAGCGUCAGAUCACGAUUCCGGCAGGGUGUCAUACUUUGUUAAUCGUCGUACUUGGUUACGAGUGACCGAUCUGGUUGUCAGCAUGCUUCGCGUGUCCGAUCCAAGAAUAGCCACACUUUUGCAAGGUAGAAUCGUCCAAGGCCGUAGCGUUGGUAGAACCGAAGUUCAAGUUCUUUCGCCAAUAACUGGUCGUGUAAUUGGCGCUAAGGAAGUACGCGUUGGUAAUGAUCGGGUAUCGGUUUCUCGAUUAACGGUGAAAGUUGUCUCGGGUCUUCAAUUGAGUAUCAGUCCGGACACGGCUAUUGAGAAUGGUUACGUUGCCGAAACUUCUGUUACUAGAAGAUUGACCGCACAAUAUCAGGAAGGUUUACUAGACAUAGACGUUGAAUUUUCCGACGGAUCUCGUACACCAUUGAGAGAGAUAGCCGUUAGUGAUUACCAUUUAUUAGUUGAAAGUCUCGAUCCGGAAGUGGUGGCUUUCGCACCAAUGGUGGCAUCCCAUCAUCCCCGAGUAAUCGCCGUUGGCGAAGGCAGAGGCGACCUUUUGAGGGUUAGCCUUCAAUUGGCGGACGUCUGUCGCCUUUCCGGAAGAAGAUCGGGCAAAGCAUCACAAAGAGCUUCGGUCGCUUCUCUGGCAAGUGCAUCGGCCAACGUUGAAGUAGAUUUCUCCUCUAGCGACCUGGCAAAUCGACCGGAAUUUGUACAAAACGACGGUGGAGGCACAGUUGGUGGUUCGCAUCAUCAUCGAGAGAGGAAAACUAAUCGGGGAGAGAUGGCACCUGAUCUACACGACAUUCUUAUCGGGUUACCGCUGAAAGACGAGAACGAGCACGAGCACGAGCCUCUGGUGCAGGCGCGGCAGCACCUCACGGCUAUAGCUAAUGGCAUGUCUUCAGGAGGAAUAGGCGGAGUCGGGAUAAGGCAUCAAGGGGCAUCCCACAUGAGUCCACUCGAGAUUGGGAUGUACGUCCUGCUUGCUGCCUUUUGCUUCGCAAUCGUUGUCUUCGUCGUCUCCUGCGUCGUCUAUGCGAGCAAGUUCAAGCCACAAUCACCGGACUCCCCGCUGACCAGUGGUGGUGCCCUUCCUGUUCUAUCCGGUGCAGCUAGGGCCAGGGCAGCAGCCAAUCAACUCGCAUCGAGUAGAAGACCUCCUAGGGAAUCAACGACCAACGCGCACGAUUGGGUUUGGUUGGGACGGGCCACCCUCGAACGUGCCGCUUGUGGUCCUCAACAGGUGCACGUUACCAGCAAUCCUCUGGCCAGUGACGUUGAGGUCGACCCACCAGAAUUAGGUACUUGUUUCGACAACCCAAACCAUAUCGAACUUCCAUCUGCGGGUCAACGACCUAACAACACAGGUCCCAUCGAUACUACGACCUAUUGCAAGAGGGACAAAUUGCCACGAAAUAGCUUCGCGGUUAAAUCUACGCCGAUUAAACCACUACCUGUUAACAACGUGACUGCACCGAACGUGUCCACAGUAGGCACAGUGUUGCCGGCUACGCGUAACGAUAACGAGGACGUGCCACCUCCUUUGCCACCACAUGGAGUACCAGCGAAUUCUAGCGUAUCUGCCACGGCACCUACACUCGCUGUAAUGGGUACUCCCAUAUACACCAACAACAACAAUAACAACAACAACGGAAACGAGGAUUACAAGCCACCUGUACCACCACACAGAAACACCGGGGUGAUCGUUAGGCUGCCAGAAACACCUAGGAAACAUCGUCAUCGUGCAUCCAGCGGUGGUAGCACUGGACAUCACGCUAAUCAUCGGCACAACGUUAACAAACAACUCCAAAUUUACGUUGUUAAACCAUUAACAUCGCAACAACAGCAACAACAUGGAAAAGACAGAGCGAACAGUCCAAAGGAGAAAGGUGAAGAAGAAGAGGAGUUCGUCGAAUUGGUCAAUCCUGACGAAAAACAACAGCAACAGCAACAACAACAACAACAACAACAACAACAACAACAACAACAACAACAAAGUCCUUAUUUAAAAGAUGUAAAGUCCAGAGAAGUUAAAAGGGCGACGAUAGUAGGAAACCCGAUGUACUCUUCGUUAUCAACGUCAGCAGCAGUAGCAUCUUCUGUAAACGCUUCCACCCCGACUAUUGCCUCAUCAUCGACAACCUCCCCACCGUCAACGUCACCGUCCUCCAACAGUUCCUCCUCCGCCUCUUCCUCCUCCUCAUCAACAGUAUCCUCAUUAACUUCCCAGGAACAGGAGGAGACCGUAGCAUUGGAAGACCUUAAUCUCGGUAUGGAUUAUCAUCAAAUUAUGCACUAUUUCGACAAUUUGAAGGAAUCGAACGCCUAGGUAAUAGAGUCCGACCUCUUCGAAGGUCGACCGUAGUAGUCAACGUCGUUGAUACGAAACUAAAACUAGGAUCGUCUUAUCAUAUUCUUCUUCCGAUCAUACAUAUAAGAGAGAACCUUGACGAGAUGUGGUUGCUCACGACACCGAUCGUAAAAGCUCGCAAAACAACAACAAGCCCCAACCGCGCGCGCGAAGAAGGAAACAAUAAUAAAAUAAAAAAUGAUUGAAGCUUUGCAAUCGCGGAAGAUGAUCCAAGAAAACGUUUCGUAUUCUAGACUAAUAAAUCUAGUCAGCUUCCUAUAGCAGCACGUCAAGAGCAUGCGUUUAAGACAAAUACCUUACAGGUACACGCGCGGACACACAAACACGAAGACUGAACACGUUUACUACACUUACACAUAAAUACAUAAUAGAAAUACAUUGAUACGCGUAUAGAUAUACGUGUGUACAUGGGAAUAGAGAACACGACAGAUGCAGAGGCUUUAUUAUCCGACUGUCGGUGAUUGAUAGGACGAGAUGUUGGUGUUCGAUCCAAAAGGAGAGGAAAUUAUUAUACCUAACCGCGAUAUCAAGUUGAAUUUCGAUACUCCUACCGAUCUGAUGGAUCGAUCUAUGCCAUCAUCUUCUUCCUCACACACCGUUCUCGUUCCAGUAUAUCUUCUCGAUCUCUCGCUCAAGCCUUACCCUUCAAACUACCCCUAGGCGCCCCCUAACCCUUCCCCAUACUCUGCAAUACUCCCAUUGUUAUUGGUGGGUUACAUUUAACUACUGCUGAAUUCGUUACUAUCGCUUUAACAACAGCAGUGAAAGUCCGACGAGAAGACUUCGAUCCGAUGUUCCGAUCUCGAUUAUAUGAUCUUCUCUCUCGUAAUUAUAUUAUAUUUAUUAUUAUUAUUAUUAUUAUUAUUAUUAUUAUUUUGCGUUUUUAUAAAUAGAUUCUUUUAUUUUUUAGUAACACACGCGCGUUUAUUGUUACUAUGUGUAAUUAAUUAUAUGAUUGAAACGAUGUCCUGUUAAAUCUUGACAGUUUAAAAAUGUCAGCUGAACUGACAUGAACUAUAAAAUAAAAAAAAUAAAAAUAAUAGUCUUCCUGUUCGGAUUGGGUCAGAGGUCGAGAUGACCGUCGCGAUCGAAACUAUCGGAAAAUAUCUGGUUACGUUCCGCGUCGAUAAUGAAUAAAUAAUAACAAUAAUAUUA